GCCGCUGGGCCAGGUCGAACCUUUCGGGUGCUGCGCGAGGAGCAGCAUGUGGCCAGGCCUGGAAUGCGGAACGCCGUCGUGCUGCAGGGCUUCGUGACGAGCUACCUCUGCGACGUGGACGUUGAGCAUGAGCAACAUGCAAACCUGCUUCGCGCGGCUGCCUGGGAGACGGUCGCGAAAGCCGCCUGCAGCGAUGAAGAUGCGGUCAUGGCCACCCCGCCCACGCCCGUAACGCUACUCGUCACUGGUGACUACAGCAUCGCCGCGCAGCCGCUUGUGCUCAAGUCUAGAGACGGGGCCGGGGUGUUCGCAUCGGGCAAGCUUAGAGUUAGCGUUGUGCAGGACGCCGCCGCGCCGGAGCGGAAGGCGGAGUUCGGGUCUGCGGUGUUGGUCCAGUCGUGGCUCAGUGCCCGCGCCGAGCCGCCAAACGGCUGGCAGGACCCCCACGCCUGGCUGCACGCCGUUAAGCCCAGCCAACAUACAGCGGUGCGCAAGAACCUGCGCGCGUUGGGCUCUGUCGAGGUGCCCGUAUUCAUGAACGACGUGGGCGGCCUGCGCGAGGCCAUGCGCGGGGGCCAAUGGCCGCCGUCGCCGCUGCCGCUCAGCGUCUUCCAGGCGCGCAACAAGGCCAGGGGCGCGACAGCAGAGGCGCCGCCGCCGCUACGGGAGAGCGACUGCGUGGGUGGCCUGGAGGUCCCGGUGGUGUGGGUGCAGCCGCUGGCCGGCAAGGUCUACCCCGUGCGCCGCGCCCACAGCUACCGUGUGCGGCCGGCGGCGGCUACGGGCGACGGGGCGGCCCCGCUGGAGCGAGCCUGCGCGGCGCUGGCUCUGUCUGCGCUGGGGCCGCAGUGGCGGGCGGUGCUGCUGCCGCCGGCGCUGCCGCUGCGGUCGGGGCUGCCGCUGACGUCGCCGGAGGGCCCGCUGCUGCAGUACGUCGCGUAUGUGCGGGUGGGGGCUGAUGGGCUGGAGCCAGAGCCGCAGCCGCAGCCGCCGGCGUGUCAGCACGUGCAGCAGCCCAACACGCCGGAAAGGCCGGCGGCCCGGUGGCAGGAGGGCAGUCACGAGGAGGCGGACGAGCCCAAGAGCCCCACGGACCAGCAGGGGAGGGCCGGCAGGGGGAGCCAGCAGCAGCAGAGCAGUCAACAGCAGCAGCCCUUGCAGCAGGCUUCCCCACCGGAACCGUCUGCGGCCGCUGCUGCGGCGGCGCCAGCUACCCCGCCGCGGGUGCGCCAGGCCCAAGGCCAGACCGCCUCCCCGGCGGCCACACCCGACACGCCGUACCGCAGCGAGGCGCCGCCGCCGCUCCCUCGGACACGGGCGGCGGCGGCAGCGCUGGCCUCCGCCCCAGCCUCCGCCGCCCCAACAGGCAGCAGGAGCUUCGCGUCCGCGGCCACCACGGCAGCGGCGGCUCGAACGCGGGCAGUGCUCGCGUCAGGGCCUGCGGACGGAGCAGUGGAUGCGGCACUGCUGCUGGCGCUCGGCGACGGUGCUGAGGCCAGUGGCGCCAAGAGCGGUGCGGAGGACGAUGGGGCGACACCAGACACGGGGGACACCAACACCGGAACAAACACCGACGACGACGAUGACGAUGACGAUGACAGUGUGGGCGAGGUGGACGGUGGGCAGCCUGCAGGGCCCGGCGACACAGUUGGCGUGCUGGCUCGCGAUGAGGUGAAUGCACAACAGCUGGAGGAAGGGUUGGAGGAGGUGGAGCGCAGGGCGGCGGCGGCAGUGGCGGCGGACAGCAGCAGGGCGGCGGCGGUGGCGGCCGCGUUGACGCUGGCGGACUGCAGGCAGGCGGCCCUGGCGGCCAAGGACAACGGUGGCGGCAAUGGAGCUGCAGGCGGCGGCGCAGAAGAUGGGAAUGCUGAUUGUGGUAGUGAUGACGCUGCUGCGGAAAAUGAGGAGGAAGAGGAGGUGGCGGAGGAGGACGAAGAGGAGGAGGAGGCAGCGGAGGAGGAGGAACAGGCUUCAUCGCCAGCUCUCCGCUCAGUUCAAAACUUGGGCUCCGGAGACCCCCCAGCCGACAGCGCAGCUGCUGGUCCUGACCCUGACGCGGCGGCGGCGGCGGCGGCGGCGGCGGCGGUGGCGGAUGCCCACGGCGGCUGGCUGGGGCUUGUGCCGGGCACCGUGGAGGUGCUGGAGCUGCUACAGCAGCAGCAGUUGCAGCAGCACAGCGGGCGGCAGCGGCUACAACCACGCGACCAAGCCGAGGUGGAGAGUCCAAAAGGGGGUGCGGCCGCGGCGGGAGCAGCAGCGGAUACAGGGCGGGGCAAGCCAGGGUCAAAGGCGCAGCAGCUCGCGGAUCAGCAGCCCCACGUCGGCGCGGCUGCCGCGGCUGCCGCCGCUGCUGAGACUGAUGGUCUCGUGGUGAUGGUGCCCAUCAACAUCGUCACCUACAACAUCCACAGCAUCAAGCUGCGCCGCGCCGCUGCACCAGCAGCGGUGCCGGCAGCCGAGCUCCAGGCUGCGCCGGCCGCCCCCGCACAGGGCAAGCAGCAGCCAGCCAAGGCCAAGGGCAGGGCCAAAGGCAAACCUAAGGCCGCGGCCAAGGCCGCGGCGGCUGGAUCUGGAGACGUGGACGGCCCCAGUGGCAGCGGCGGUGACGACCCGGAGGAGGCCGGCGGCUCGGACACGGACAUGUUUGAGAUGGAGCGGGUGCUGGAUCUCGUGAUGGGGGCCAGUGGCUGGGCGCUGCAGGGCGCGAAGGCGACCUCGGCCGGCCAGCUAGACGUCAUCUGCCUGCAGGAGGUGCGUGUGGCCAAGAGGCGCGCCGCGGAGCUGCAGCAGCUGCUCACGCGACUUCAGCGGAAAUGGAAGUACCAAUAUGUUACGGCGGGCGAACACGUCAUCCUGUGGAACCCGCGCACGCUGGAGCGCGUGGCUGCUACAGCCGCAGCCGACAGCGGCAGCGGCGGCGCUGCAGCUGAUUGUAGCACGGAGCCCGACUACGUCUGGCGCCGCAGCGCCGGCGGCGUGGGCCUUCUGGACGUGGCCUGGGGCGACAACCCGGAGCUGAGCGGGCCCUACAACGCCGCCUGCGCGGCCAUGGAGGCCUACGCGGGGACCCAGAAGCGCAGGCGCUGCCGCGACGUGGAAACCUUCUUCCGCUACCCACCCAUCACCGUGGUUCUGCGCCGCCGCCCGGAGACCACCGGCUCCAGCGCCACCUACGUCAUCACCACCGCGCACACGCCCGGCACGGGGCUGCUCUCAAGCAAGAGCAAAGGCGCCAAGGGCGGCGGCACAAGUGGCGCCGGCAGCAAGAGCGAAGCCGCCAAGGGCGCCAGCACAAGUGGCGCCGGCAGCAAGAGCGAAGGCUGCGGACGCGGCGCUGGCGGCAGCGGCACCAGUGGCAGCGGCAAUCGCGGCCGACACCUGGAGCAGUUGGGCCGGGAGGUGGAGUGGAUGUUGCAGGAGCGGCGGUACAGGCGGGUGGUGGAGCACAUGCGGCUUCGCAGCCCGGGGCUGAAGCGGACCUACCCAGCGGGGCUGCUGCCCAGCGCGGCGGCCAAGGACGUGGUGCACGUGCUGGCGGGCGAUUUCAACACCCACCUCUACCGCCCCGCGGUGCAGUGGGCCGCCAGGCAUGACGACGGCGGUGACGGCGACGCAGACGUAGGCGGAGGUGAUAGCGAAGGCGGAGGCGGGGGCGCAGCGGUGGUGGGGCAGGAAAAGGGGCAGGAGAAGGGGCAGGCGGCAGUGGCUGUUGCGGUGGCGGCGCGGCGACGGCCGCAGACGCGGCUGCAGAGCCGCGCGGCGGGCGACGAGCCGCCCUUCCGCUGCCUGGCCGACUGGGUGGCGUUUGGCGGCGGCCGCGAGGCGGCGGCGGAGCCGACCACCAGCUCCAAAUUCCCUGACGUGGUGUAUGUGCUCAAGCGGAGCCUGACGGCCGUGGGCCUCCGCCACACCGGCUUCUGCACGCUGUCGCUAGGCCGCGGCCCCAACAAGCAGGGAGUGGAGGGCCGCGGGCUGUACGGCGGCUCCAGCGACCACAAACCGCUGCUGGUGGCGUUUCGAGAGGUGGGGCAGCGGGAGAUGCCGGUUGUGUCGCUGGCGGCGGCGGUGGAUGAUGCAGUGGCGGCAGGCGUGGCGGCGCGGAUGGGGCGCAUCCUGCACACCGUGCGUGUCAUGGUGGAGAAGGGCCUCUCGGUGAACGCGGUGAUGGCGUUCCUGCAGGAGGCGCAGGGGCGGGAGGCGGAGGGUGAUGACAGGGCGGAGGCGGGAGGACGCGGGGAGGCGGCGGCACCGCGGGCUGUGCUGUAGCUGGCGGGGCGUGUGUGUGUUAAAGAGCACAAGGAAAGCAGUGUGUCUGUGUGCGUGUGUGCGUGUGCGUGUGCGUGUGUGUGUGUGCGUGUGCGUGUGCGUGUGCGUGUGUGUGUGUGUGUGUGUGUGUGUUAAAGAGCACAAGGAAAACAAUACGCGCAGGAUAACGGGUGUGAUGCAGAGUUACGGCCGCGGAUUACCUUGUGUGCGUACGAGUAUGGGGGGGGGCGGUUUUGGCCGUCCAUGAACGAUGGGGAGGGCUUGGGAGACAGUUAAAGCCGCGAGGCGGGGUGCCGCAUGGAUUGCGACAUGGUAAGCGCGCUUGGGAUGCGGGCAUGACGCAUGUGGCCUGCAUUCCAGGAUGGCACUGUGAGCGGAGAUGAUGCGAAGGUGGUGAGGCGAGGCGAGGUGGUCGAACAUGAAGAAGAAUUUCGGUUGGACACUCUGGGAGAAGUCUUGCAUUUGCAUUCACACUAGCUUACAUUUCUCUGCAGUGGCGCGGUGCAGCAGCUAGAGUCAAGCCCACGGACGUGGUACUGGCUUGACAUGUGCAGCCAGCCAUGUACGCAUGUAAUCUAUAGAAGCU